AUGGCGCCCCGAACGUCCCGAUUACUCGCGUCCGCGUCCGCGGCUGCCGACAAGGCACACGAGCCCGAAGACAACAUUAGCCUCGACGUUCCAGAGCAACUUUUGACCCCCGAGAACAGCCGUUCUGAGACAUCGAGCAACAAUGAAAACGCGUUGACUGACGAAAAUACCGCGGGACGGCGGAGGUCAACACGAGUCGCACGCGCAUCGCUGGCCGGUCAGCCACUGGACGACACAGCUGAGAAGAACGGAUCCGCCGCUUCCUCCAGCGAAGCCUACGUCGCUAGCCUCGCCAACGCAAAAAGAUCCCAUUCCUCUCUGCGUCACAGUAUUGCCGUGAUGGAAAAUUCCUUAUGGAACGGUACUCCAGACGAGGAUGCUGCGGCAGAUGAUCACCCAAUGGCCCCCGAUACCCCGGUCUCAAAGUCUUCCCAAGAGUUGCAAUCCGAGGAUAUGAAUAUGUCGCUUCAACAGCGGGCACUACGGAAGCGUGUGGACAAGGCAUUGGAGGAAGAUGAGGAAACGCCCAAAUCGAAGCCAACCCCGACUCGUGCCGCUUCCCGCAAGUCUCUACGGCGGUCAGGUCGCAUAGGUAUUUUGGAUAAGGCUUCUGACCUCGUUGAUCGGGCCCACAGUAUUCUGGGAAAGCGCACGAGAAGUAUGGCAGAUAAGGAACUUGGUCGUCGUGCUAGUCUCCGGCCUCGUAAUCUGGCCCCGACAAAAGAAGAGAAUGAGCAUGCAACGAAGAAGCGCCGAGUCUCUGAGAGUGAUUUGUCCAAGCUCAAAUCUCAGGAUACGCCUGCUCCCGAGGAACCGUCCGCACCAUCCUCGCCUCGGCCUAAGCGCAAGCUGUGGCUGUCUCACGGUCUCUACACUGGACAGGAACCUUCGGACUCCCCUCCCAAACAGCGCCGGAGCAAGAAUUCUAAGAAGACUGGAACUGGUCCCAUGCACCGUACUAUUCUUCCUAUGCCCAUGUUCAAGGGUGCUCGGCUGUUGAAGAACGGAAGAGAUUACCAACUGCCAUACGACAUCUUCUCGCCUCUCCCGCUUGGCCAGCCCAAGCCCGAUGAGUGGCGCAAGACUAACAAGAAUGUUUUUGUUGGCGACGCCGGAAGCUUUUGGAAAGCGAACAAGAACCUCGAGCUGUCUACUUGCAUGUGUGAGGAGGAAACUGGCUGCGACGAAAAUUGCCAGAAUCGCUACAUGUUCUACGAGUGUGACAACGGUAACUGCAGGCUGGGUCCAGAGUGCGGGAACCGAAACUUCGAGGGACUCAAGCACCGCACCAAGGCUGGUGGCAAGUAUAACAUUGGAGUCGAGGUCAUCAAGACACAGGAUCGUGGCUACGGCGUCCGCAGCAACCGUUCCUUUGAACCCAAUCAGAUUAUUGUGGAGUAUACUGGAGAGAUUCUCACGCAGUUUGAGUGCGAGAAGAGGAUGAGAACAGUGUACAAGAACAAUGACUGCUAUUAUCUCAUGUAUUUUGAUCAAAAUAUGAUCAUUGAUGCGACGCGUGGGUCCAUCGCUCGCUUCGUCAAUCAUGCAUGUGAUCCCAACUGUCGUAUGGAGAAAUGGACUGUUGCUGGAAAGCCUCGCAUGGCCCUCUUUGCCGGAGAUCGUGGAAUCUCCACUGGGGAGGAAUUAAGUUAUGACUACAAUUUCGACCCAUACUCCAACAAGAACGUGCAACAAUGUCGCUGUGGAUCAGCCAAUUGCCGAGGCUUCUUGGGGCCACGUCUGAAGGAUAAGCAACAGCGCGCUAAAGAGCUUGAGCAGAAGCGGAAGGCCGAUAGUUUGAAGAAGACCAAGAAAGUCAUCGGCAAAAAGCGCAAGGCUGCAGCAGAGUCUUCAUCCGAAUCUGGGUCUGAUUCCGAAUCCGAAACCGAGUCUGAGUCUGAAUCUGAGUCCGAUUCCGAGGAAGAUGAGCUGCCAAAGAGCAAACGUCGCAAGCUGAUGUCAACGAAAUCUAUUCGGGCUGGUGUCAAGAAGGCCGUGGCAACUGUCCGGGGAAAGAAGACCACGAAGACCACAGCAAAGGCCAAGACCACCACCAAGGCGAAGAACGUCAAGUUGCCCAAAGUCAAAGCUACAGGGAGAGUGAAGGCUGCUGUACGCGCUACUCGUGGUACGAAAAUUACCACGACUACGAAAGCCACCAAAGCCACCAAGACCACCAAGGCGGCCCCAGCUUCGCCCGCCAAGAAGUCAACAACAACGCUCAAGCGUCCAUCUGCCGAGACCAAGAAGAAGAUUCUCGCCACUGCUUCCAAGGGUGCCGUAGGCCGUCCUCGCAAAAAUGUUGCGCAAAAGGCUUCUGCUAAGAGCCCCGUCAAGGCGAAAAGCCCUGCUAAGAAAGGCCUCGGCAGAAAUGUCAAGAGCGUCGCUCGGCGUGUUGUGCGAUCUGUCAGGGGAACAAAGAAACCUUGA